AUGAGUAAGCAGAACGACUACGAACAAAUAGAUAAUGUCGAAGAGGAAGAGAUGUUAACACAGAUCGAUCCAAAUGAUAAAAGAAAAAUGGUAAACGUUGCGUUUCGUAUGCCGACUGGUGGGACUACCAAAUCUCGCUUUGAAGUGACGUGUACUGUGAAAGACUUGUUUGUCUUUUUAGAAGAGAACCAUUUGAAGAGGAAAGACGUUGAGAUUCUUCAUCCACUAAAGAGAGUCCCGUUGAAAGAUGAACGAGUGAAACUUGAAGAGUUUUAUCCUUCAAUUUUAUUUCAUGUUGUUAUGAAAAAGAAAUUGGGAGAAGUCAAAGAGGCAAAGCCUCAUCAAAGCCAACAACAGCCGCCUGCAAGAUACCUUUCGGGUGAGAGGUAUGUCGAUCCAACACAAACAAUACAGGCGCCCGUUCAAAUUCAACAGGAACAAAUGUAUCAACAACAGCCACAACAACGCCAACAACACGUUCAACCCGAACCUCCACCUAAAAAUAAGUUUUUGAGGUUUAUGAAGGGGUUUUUUACAGGGAAGUGA